AUGGCUCUGACUGCUCACAAAUUUAACCGUGCUACGUUUUUACCGGAAGGAGUCAUGAGCAAUUGGUUCAAACUCUUUGAUGCUGAUAGACAAGGAUCCGGGUGGUAUAUGUACGAUCCUCGCACAGAGCUGGUGUUAGAAGACUGCUAUAAAAACAAGAAGAAUUGCGAGGGUGACAUUUGCAGACAAAAAUUCCCAAUCAAUAUCGAGAAAAGAACUCCAAUUCGAGGGGAACGGCAUUUGAAAAAGCGCUGUAUCCAGAGAAUCGAAGCGGAAGACAUCUAUCGUUAUGACGUCAAAGGAAUCGCUGGAAUGCGUUGCCAUUUCUUUCCAAUAACAAAUCGAAUGCUUACCUGA